UUUGAGCCCUGCAAAAUGAAAAUGUCAAAUGUUCAAUACCCCCCUCCCCUGAAAUUGUUUCCUCUUGUUUUCCCCUCCAGCUCUGCUUAGGCCCCAUCUCUGCUUAAAAGUGAAUGCAGAGAGUGAGCCUCUCCUCUGCUGGGCAAGGCUGGGGCAGGCCACCCCUCAGGUGGGCUAGGCGCUGCCUAGCCCGCUCCAGCACAGAAGGUCCCUGGAGGAGAGGGCGAGCUGGGGGUUGUCCGUCGCACACCCCGUCCCCCAGCACAGGCAACCAGGCGGGGAGCCAGGAAGCUGCUCGCACCCAGCAGCUCUCCCUGCACUGCAGCUGUUGCUCGCAUGUGACCAGCAGCCCAGCACUGUCCCUGCUGCACCAGGUUUACGCUUAGUCCUAGUGCCCCGAGGCGAGAGCGGGGGCGCCGGCGCGGGCUCCUGUUGCUUUCGGAUCGUUAGGUACGUGCUGGCUUCUCCGAGCGGCGCCUCCCAGGCCGGAGCGGGCUGCCCCCCCCCCCCCCGGCAGAGUCACACACGCGGGCGGGAAGAGGAGGCGCUCCCCAGCGUCGGCCUGCAGCUGCGCCCCGCAGGCGGGAGGGGGCCCCUCUGUCGGGCCCCAGGAGCAGCGCGUGUCGCGACUCCCCCUCCCCAGCCAGGGCAGCCUCCUCGGGGAGAGAGCAGCAGGCGGGCGGCGGCAGUGAGCAGCCACGGCGGGGCCCUCCGGAGACCGGCAGGGGGCUCAGGCACCGGCAGGUACAUCCAGCUGCUUCAUGCUGCCCCCGAGGCAACAUACAGCAGCCGCCGCCACCUUCUCCCCUACUCUGGGGCUGCAUGGCCGCUGUCCCCAGCGCGCCCAGCUUUGGAUUCUGCCCUUCCGCGCUCUGAGCACCGUGUGGGGUCGGACUCCUCCUCCUCCAGCGCUCGCAGAGCGGCGCUUCCUUGCGCGCCAGCACAUCCUGCAACUUAGAAUUCCACUACUGUGCAAUGAAAGGAAUCUUCAUUGCUGGGAAUUGAAACUCUGGUGGAUUAUUCCUGGCUUCCUUGUUGGUUAUAAAAUGGAGCCCCUAUCAUUCAAAGUUAAAAAACUUCAAACACCCACUGAUAUCUCUGUGGAUUUUAGUCUCCAGCUUGUUGGUUCUCUGCCAGUGCAUUCUCUAACCACCAUGCCAGUGCUUCCUUGGAUUGUGGCAGAGAUUCGGCGGCUCAGUAUGCAAUCUUCCGUCGAAGAACCUAGCACCAGCCAAAUCCGGCUUUAUGUUUCACCAGCAGGCCUGCGAUGUGAACCAGACACAGGAAAGAGCCAACAGUGGGAUCCUUUGAUUUGUUCCAGCCUGUUUGAAUAUAAGCCACAGCAUGUCCACAAGCUGAUUCACAAUAGCCAUGAUCCAAGUUACUUUGCUUGUCUGAUAAAGGAUGGAGCAGUAAAUCAGCACAGUAUCUGUUAUGUAUUCAGAGCCGCUGAUCCAACAAAAGUGCCUGAGAUUAUUGGCUCCAUUCGACAGGCUGGAAAAAUCGCUCGCCAAGAAGAGUUUCAGAAUAAUCCAUCAGAAGUUGAAGACCCUUUUUCCAAAAAGUUUGAGGUGUUAUUCUGUGGACGAGUGACAGUAGCACACAAGAAUGCACCCCCAGCAUUAAUAGACGAAUGUAUUGAAAAAUUUAACCAUGUUAGUUGUACCAAAAAAAUGGAAUUUAAUUCCUUGUCCCAACAACUUGAAACUGCCAAUAAUUCUGGAGGAUUAUCAUUCAGUGAUAAAUUGCGAUCUGUUUUCCAACCCUUAGUCGGUGAAGAAGAAGAGAAAAGGCCAAUUAGGAAAUCUUAUUCUCAGCCUGGGCUGCGUUCCUUUUCUUUUAAGAGGGACUUGCAAGAUGGGAGUUGCAAGAGUAACAGUUUUGCCAGCUCUUUUGAUGAAACUGAGACUUCACUGAACCUAAAACGUCAGCUUAGCUAUGGACACAAUGUCGUGCAACCAACAGAUAUUGCAGGAAACCGGACUAUGUUGUUCACGAUUGGGCAGUCUGCAGUUUAUCUCAUCAGUCCUGACACGAAAAAAGUAGCACUUGAGAAAAGUUUCAAGGAAAUUUCCUUUUGCUCUCAGGGUAUUAGACAUGUGGAUCACUUUGGGUUCAUCUGUAGAGAGUCUUCAGGAAACGGUGGCUGCUACUUUGUCUGCUACGUGUUUCAGUGCACAGAUGAAGCCCUGGUUGAUGAAAUCAUGAUGACUUUGAAACAGGCUUUCACUGUAGCUGCUGUGCAACAAACCUCCAAAGCUCAGCUCCAACUUUGUGAGGGAUGCCCUAUGCAAUGCCUGCAUAAACUCUGUGAAAAGAUUGAAGGACUACAUCCUUCUAAAACUAAACUAGAACUCCAGAAGCAUCUAACAACACUAAAUAACCAGGAGCAGGCUGCUCUUUUUGAGCAGGUUCAGACACACGAAAAAAUAAGACCAAGAAAUGAUAAGAAAGAGAAUGAGUUGAUUAUCUCUAUUCUAAGAAACAUGUAUGAAGAAAAACAGAAGGAUCAUGUUCACGUUGGGGAAGCAAAGCAGGCUUCACAGCCUUGUGGAGAGACUACUGGAAAUGAGAUGCCAAGCAGUGCUCCCAGGUUCAGACUAGAUAUGUUGAAGAGCAAAGCUAAACGGUCGCUAACAGAAUCAUUAGAAAGUAUCUUGUCACGGGGCAGUAAAGCCAGAGGUUCACUAGAAAGUUCUGGAAGUUUGGAUUUGGACAGCUCCUUAUCCAGUACAUUAAGUAGCACAAGUAAAGAACCAUCUUUGUGUGAAAAAGAAGGCCCACUUCCAGAGACUCCUGCCAAGACCAAUGAAUCUGUGGGAGAUCUCUCCAGUGACCUAGUUAGUCACCCCAUCGAGCAGCCUGAUAAAUUACCUCAGCAAGGCUUUCGCCGGCGAGCAAACACAUUGAGUCACUUGCCUAUUGAAUACCAGGAAUCUUUGGAACCAGUUGAAACAUCACCAUCUAUUCCACAAAGGAAACUUAUGAGGUAUCAUUCAGUGAGCACAGAGACUCCUCACAAGCGAAAUUUGAGCACAUCUGUUGGCAAGUCUGAAAGCUGUUCUGGUCAGUCUUCAGCUCCCUCUCCUCUAGCUCGUCUUAAUCCCUCGGCCUCUUCACUCACUUUUUUAAAAUAUCUAAAGCAUAAUUCAAGCAGAGAACAAUGUGCGCAUGUUGCACAAAAGAGCACCUCCUACCGUAUUGCCCUACGGAAAAAGCUUCAUUCUUCCUCCUCUGUGCCAAAUUUCUUAAAAUUUCUGGCUCCUGUAGAUGAAAAUAACACCUCUGACUUUAGGAGCGCAAAAAGUGACUAUGAGUCUAAACAAAGCCAGCUGGAUGUUGGCAAUGACACCCCUAUAAGGACUCGCCGGCAUUCAUGGAGACAACAGAUUUUCCUUCGAGUGGCAACUCCACAGAAAGGAUGUGAUUCUCCCAGCCGACAUGAUGACUUCUCUGAAUUGGGAGAUCUUCCACCCAGGUCCCCAUUAGAACCAGUUUGUGAAGAUGGCCCGUUUGGGCCAGUGAAAGAAGACAGGAAACGGACAACUCGGGAGCUUCGAGAACUGUGGCAGAAAGCCAUUCUUCAACAGAUUCUGCUCCUCAGAAUGGAAAAGGAAAAUCAAAAGUUGCAAGCUUCUGAAAACAAUUUGCUGAACAGGCGUCUGAAACUUGAUUAUGAAGAAAUCACUCCGUGCUUGAAAGAUGUAACUUUGGUUUGGGAAAAAAUGCUGAGUACACCAGGAAGGUCAAAGACAAAAAUUGACAUGGAAACAAUACAUUCUGCUGUUGGGCGAGGAGUACCACGUCAUCACAGGGGCGAGAUCUGGAAGUUUUUAGCAGAACAAUACCAUCUUAAACAUCAGUUUCCAAGUAAGCAGCAGCCAAAGGACACUCCCUACAAAGAACUCUUAAAACAAUUAACUUCCCAGCAACAUGCAAUACUUAUUGACCUUGGACGCACCUUUCCAACACAUCCUUAUUUCUCAGCACAACUGGGAGCUGGGCAGCUGUCACUCUACAAUAUUUUGAAAGCCUAUUCUCUCCUGGAUCCGGAAGUAGGGUAUUGCCAGGGCCUUAGUUUUGUAGCAGGAGUUCUGCUGCUUCAUAUGACUGAAGAAGAUGCUUUUAAGAUGUUGACAUUUCUUAUGUUUGACAUGGGCCUAAGGAAACAGUAUCGUCCCAACAUGACUAUUUUACAGAUCCAGAUGUAUCAACUUUCCAGACUUCUUCACGAUUACCAUAGAGAUCUCUACAAUCACUUGGAGGAGCAUGAGAUUGGCCCUAGUCUCUAUGCUGCCCCCUGGUUUCUGACCAUGUUUGCAUCUCAGUUUCCCCUGGGAUUUGUUGCCAGAGUGUUCGAUAUGCUCUUUCUUCAGGGAUCAGAGGUUAUAUUUAAAGUGGCUUUAAGCCUGUUGGGAAGUCACAAACCCUUGAUUCUGCAACAUGAGAACUUAGAAACCAUAGUGGAUUUUAUUAAAAACACUCUCCCAAACCUGGGCUUGGUACAGAUGGAAAAGACCAUUAAUCAAGUGUUUGAAAUGGAUAUCGCCAAGCAGUUGCAAGCUUACGAAGUUGAAUAUCACGUGCUUCAGGAUGAGUUGAUAGAUUCAUCUCUCAAUGACAAUCAGAGAAUGGAUAAGUUGGAAAAGGCAAACAUUAGUUUGAGAAAACAGAACUUUGAUCUACUGGAGGAGUUGCAGGUGGCAAAUGGAAAGAUCCAAAACCUAGAAGCUACAGUAGAAUUUUUACUGAACAACGAGUGCAAAUUGAAGCAAUCCAUUGUCACUUUAGAGCUGGAGAGGAAAGCUUUGCUGCAGACAGUGAAAGAUCUACGCACGCAGACUGGCAGCCCAGGUGGAAAACAUCUACUUACCAGGCAAGAGUGCCUGGAUGUCAACUGACAGCUGCAAUUGUAAUGGACCAGACAAGUUCCACAAAGAGAAAGGGAAGAACUGUUUUUUACUGUCAUCAUUGGGAUUUGACAUGGUCUUCUUAGCGUUGUCCAUGCCUUACUGUAGCCGAGUGAGGGGAUAGGAGUGUCUGCAAAAAUAUGAGGAGCACGUUUCUCAGGGAGGAGACUCUUGCUUGUUAACUUAUAGAAUACUUAUGAACUAUAAAAUAUGCAAUAUAAUGAUGGGCAGGAAUGAAUAACUAAAUAACAUAUGUACACUCCAGAUACAAUGUACUGUAAAUAUCUGCGGUCAUGGACUCUUCCAUAAGUGCUUUAUAUUGGUUACAUGUGUUCCUUUUUCUAUUUAGAAAACACCAUGUUAAAUAGUGUGCCCUGUAAAAGGCUGGAAAAUUACAGCAGUGAAGAGCUUCUGAACUGAUUCUGCCUUUUUGGGACUACAAAGUAUUAGCAUUCACAGAUAGAUUGUGAUCAUACUCGAUAGAUUUCUGAGGGUGUAAUUCCCCUGCCGCUUGGCUGGGUUCCACUAAUCAUGUUAUUAAGGCCUCUGAUAACUGCUUUGUGUGCUUAAAGGUGUUAACUUAGUGGACCCUGGAGAGCUGGACUUGGUUGUGCGUAACUAUAAUUGUGGGGCAUUUUGCCAUCAGUUUUUAUAAAACAUACUGUUUUAGUAUGUUUUGUUUUGACAUCCAUUGUUUUAGUACUGUUGAUUGACAUGAUCUGAUAAAUGUACCAUUGAAGGUAACUGCAUUUUACUUUCUCAACAGAAUACACUGACAUUGUCAUGGUGGAGUCUGUCACUCUCACAGUAUUGUAGUGGAUUUAUCAUCAUGCCUAAAGGCAUCAUUUUAUUUACUUCUGAUCUGCUGUGUGAUGUCGGACAGCCUCUUUCAAGGAACUGAAUGCCUGCUGAGUUUUAGUUUCAUUUGGUACUCGGUACCCAUCCAGCCUUUGGAGAAGAACAAUAUUUAAGACUCUUUCUCUGAAAUGGUGGAGGCACUUCAAAACUUGAUUUUGUGCCAGUCAUACUUAAACUGCUUUAUAAAGGAUAUUGGGCUAAAGUAUGAUUUAGGACCAUGGCCUAUUUACAAUGCAUCUUUUGCAGAAGAUUACACAUUUUAAAAAGCUCACUUUUCUGUAAUAUAUAGUGAAAGUAGUCUUCUGGCCAGUUAAAGCAUCACUGUUUCAACUACAGGAGCAAUAACGUCCAAGGAGAUCCAGUUAACUUGUUGUUUAAUUAGACCAAAUAGUACCACAAAAUUGUUCUUCCCCAAACUCAGUGUUACAGGUAUCAACUUGCUGCUAUAGUAGAGAUUAGUAUUUCAGAUGCGAGUUUCCUAAAUUGUCAAUUUCUUAUUCUUAAAAUUUUAGGGCACAUUUAUUUCUCUAAUCCACAAUGUGGUGGAACAUCUUUUAUCUUCAUGCUUGUUUCUCUAUGGUACAUUCUGCUUGCAGCUGUAAUGUGCACUCUGGUGCGAAUCAAAUACCAGCAUGUGGAUUAAACUGGGGAAUUUGCUCUUUAAUUUCUAAAUUACACAUUGAUUCCUGUAAAUUUCUUAGAUGUGUCUGGUUCUCCAAAUCCACAUUGUUUGCUUAGAGUCUAAAUUCAAUAUAAGCCAGACAUUACAAAUCUCUUUACUUCUUGUGUUUUGUUUUUGAAUUGAGAAACCAUACAGAAGCUCACACUUCACAUGUUAAAUUCUGUUUACAUCAUACUCUUUUACAGUUUGAGGGCUAAGUUAUGUUGUAUUUGGACAUCUUGGGGCCAUUACUCAUACAUUGGCUUUUUACAUUAAACAAAAGAGCAACAGAGAAAAGUUAAUGAUCCAUGCCAAAAUUUAUGUUUGCACGUUUUGUUGCAUCUAAGAACAAAAACAAAGUUCUCUGUGUGAUAGUUCAGAAGUUAAUAUGUUAAUAAUUUCCCUGAGAUCACAGUAUGAUUUUUAAAUAGUUAUUAAUGAAAACUGAUGGACAUCAAACUUUUUUAGACACUCUAAGAACCCCAGUUGUGAACUUGGGACCUGCGUCUAUAUCUCUUGGCUUAGGAUGUGUAUUUUUGGUAUGACUCAAGUUGUGCAGUAGUUUGGCUCAUGUUCUACUUCUCUCCCAGUGAAGUGGAGGAAAGCCUUUGGCCCAGAGACUUUUUCAAGCAUUUAUUUUCCUUCAGACAAUAUGAUCCUGAGUUGAAAUCAGGGCUAGAACAUCUGUUCGCAGAGGAGAGUGUGGUUAGUAGGUAGGCAUCCGUUUUCAGUCUCAAGUGUCCACAUGUUUGUGACCGUUUGAUUUUGCCAAGAAGCAGAGCUUUCCAGGGUGAAACCUGUCAAUGUACAAAUGCACCAGAUUUUGCUAAAGUUCCAAAUAGCCCACCUGACUGACACACUGAGGCCCAGGCCAUCCACAGCACAGGAGCUGAGCAUUAAUGGGACAACUGCAUUGGGAUCUCCCUUGCUUACAUGGCAUCAGAUGAGUGUGCUGUUUCUGUGGGAUCAUUUUCCUGCCUCUUCUGCCCUGUGCCACUAGAUCUCAAGGGGGGGAUGGUAGGAUGGAAUAAUGUAGAGUAAGGGAGGUGCCCUGCUCCAAGUCACCAACCCUUGCAAAGCCCAGGCAUUUCCAUGCAGAAAUGAGAGAGAAAUAAUAAAGCUUGGUGCUGUUAAGACACCCCUGACACACACUUUCAGCUCCCCUCUGCUUCUGGGGACUCUACCAAUAGCAGUAUAGUUCUGUGUUGCUGUGGGAGAGGAUCCUGAACUAUCCCUACAGGCUGGCUGCUGUAUCAAAACAGAAAGCAGCUCCCUUACCUGUAGUUAAGAGAUACUAGCGAGUUGGAAACCCAUAAAUCCAUGUCGUAGCCCCAAAAGGGAAAAAUCCUCUCUUCCUCCCAAGGGAACGGUCUGAGGAAAGCUGCAAGUUGAAGCUUACAGAAUUUUUUCCCCCUUGCCUCUCCCACAGGUGAUUAGUCUCUGUCCUUUCCCCCACUUCCCCCGAUGGUGCGCAGAAAAGGGGGAGAAAAAGGGAAAAGGAGAGCGACUUCCCAGGAUUCCCCAAGAGAUAGUCCCAAGAGUUCAUUCCCAUGCACAACUUGCGCCUUACGAGGUGCUUUGCUGUGCUCGCUCUGUGAGUAAUAUAGGGGUGCUCGUGACGCACACUAGCGUACCAGCUCAGAGAUGCACUGUGAACAAGAGAUGGUGUCAGCUAGGGCAGAAGAGAGACUUGGCCUGUAAUGUGGCAGGAGCUAGUCAUGCCAUCUGUGACAAGAAAGAAUCUGCUCCACUAGUGCUUUGCAGUCAACAGCGCCCUGUGGACUGCGGAGCUGAUCUGGCAUGUGGAAUGCCACCCUGCAAUAGCAGGCUUUCUUUUCCUCAUCCUGCAUCUGAGGAUAUGCCACUGCCCUCAUUGUUGGCUCAUUGGCAUGUCUAUAUCUUGGCCUGUUUAUUUUUAAGAGCUCAUUAUAUAGAACCUGAGAAUAAUGACACAGUGCCCAUCAUCUGAGGAGGUCGAUGCACUUUACAGAGGUGGGUAAGCAUUAUGAUUCCCCUUUAAUACAGAGUGAGGAAGUGAGUCACAAAGGAGCAGAGAGACUUGUCACAGGUUGCACAAUGUGUUAGUGGUAGCUGGGACUAAAAUCCAGGUCUUCUGAGUCCCAGACCUGCGCUCUCAAACACUAAAUAAUUCUGCCCCUUGGUUACUACAAAAUCUCUGGCUUUCUCUGAUGUUACUAUGGUCUUCAGAGACAUGAUAUUUUCUCUUCAUUUUCAAUUCCCCUUUUUCCUUCCCUACCUCCCUCCAAAAUGUACACUCCACAAUGAGAGUGCUUCUUCAUGCUUUCAAAGGAGGUGGAUAAACCUUAGGCCAGAUUCUGUGCUGCAACUCUCAGGAGAGAGAACACAGGAAGGCAGAGGGGAUCGAUGGUGGCUUCAGCCUACCUUUGUGGCUCUCAGAUUCUAGCACUAAUUAGAGCAGUGUCUUGGGGCUGGUCUGACUACUAACAGCUUCCUCAGACUUUCUAAUGUGCUAUUCUGCAGCCCAGAAUGUCCAGAGGACACAGUGCUGGAGUAGUGUAAAAAGCAGAGCAUGGGCAGAGCAAGGGCUGGAAUCUGACCCAAUGACUGUAAUUACACUCUUCUCCCGUUGAUCUCCCACCCACACACUUUCAGAGCCUGAUGGACAGGCAUAGUUCAACUGGGAAGCUUGGCUCAUGGAGAAGAAUGGGAGCCUGAGGCACCAUGAAUGUAUUUUCAUACUGGAGGUUUUGAGUCUUUGGUUUUUCAGCACAAAGUUGAAAUUUUCCAUGGAAACCAAACACUUCACAUUAAGAAUUUCAUUUAGUCAAAACCCAAUUUUCUGUCCAAAACCAGGUUUGAUGGAAAAUUUCUGAUCCACCCUACUUAAUAUGCCCCAUUAAUGUAUGCGUCCCCAUUUCUGAGAGACACGUCGAUAUUACAGAACUGCUGGAGCAAUCUAUAAAAAAAAUUCUGCCCUAUUACAAUUGCAGAAUUUGAAUAUUGAACUAAAGCAUUAUUUGUUUAGUGGAAAUUAAGCUCUGUUUGUUUCAUCAGUGCUUGCUGUAUGGGGGCGUCUUGUGUUGGGCUAUGGGACUCAUUUGAAAAUAGGUGUAUUGGCAAAAAGGGUAGACCUUUAUUUGGGCGGUUUGGCCACUUUCCCUUUCUUGGAGCAGAUUAAUAUUUGUUAAAUUGGUUCCCUUUUCCACGUUAUUGAGGGGUGAAGUAAGGAAGCCAUUGGAAAUGCGCAGCAACAAGAGUCUGGGACAUAAAAGACCUGGGAAGUGUACUGUGUAUUCCUGAGUGCUAUCUACUGGUACUUUAUCACCUAACUCUUAACAGAUGUACAGACAUCUCUUUUAUAGAGCACUCCUAUUACACAAACAAGGUGGUCUGGUGUCAGGGGGCAGGGCAGAGAUGCGAUGGGCAGCAAAUCCUUUUGGCCUGAAGGUGAGAGAUUCUAUCUGUUUUUGCUAGUCAUUAGGAAUCAAUUGCUAGGUCUGGGCUAGAGAGCAGGGAUGAGAGCAAGUUCCACAAAAGGACAUAGAAUUUCAUAGAAUCCUAUUUUGCUCAUUGGUCAGAGGAAAGAAUGGGGUAGAAAUGUGAGUUCAUUUGGGCAGGGGAGAGCAUCUGGGGAGGUUGGAGUUCUACAAUUGAAUAUUAAUGAUAACCUAGCAUGGGUGUUCUUUUAUGUUGCGUUCAAAUAGACAUCCAUUAAUUAAUAGAAAUUCUGUAGCUGGCUCGCGGGAGAAGAAUAAACCACAUUUUUACUUUAUAUGCAUACACCUUUCCCAUUCUUUUCAGUGCAUGUGUCAUGUCUAUUUGAAGAUAAUUUCACCCUUAUUAUGGAAUAAGAACAACACAUCUGUCAAGUUUUAAGGCUACUCACUAAUGGUCUCCACAUCCAACCUUAACAAUUACACAUUUUUCCCCUUGAAUUUAAGAGACUUAAGACCAUUCCUGCGAGCCUUAGAUAUGUGAGCAGUCUCUGGGCAGUACCAUUGCGAGUGACAGGAGUGAAGCUUUGCAUGAUCAUAUCCUGAACUUUAUUCCUGGUUUCUAGCUGUGCAAAUGAUUUUCCAUAUGUAUUUUGUGUGUAUACAACAUAUAAAUGACUUGUAUUUUUAUAUCAGUGAACUUAAGUUUGCACAUUGCAGUUUUUACCCAGUAAAUUUAAGUUUUGAAUAUUAA